UAAACGCGGCUGUGGAAUUUCGCCCGCGUCGUGUUAUAUAACAUAGCUUAGCGAGCUCAUAACUGGCAUAAUAAAAGAACAUAAAUAUAUAUUUUUCGUAGCUGAAGAUGUCAACUUCUCCCCAAGGCAAUGGCAUUGUUUCCACCAAUGCUGCAGCUUCAGGGAAUCAAGUGGCAUUGAGGAACCUAAAGCAAGAUGGGAUUAACCAGCUGGUGGAUCCCAAACAUGCAUCAAAGGCACUGUCAACAGACCUUGUUGACCUGGCAAAGGAAGUGCAAAAGGCGGACUCGUUUGUGCGGGCCAAUGUCGGUAACAAACUGCAGGUGAUUGUGGAGCAGAUCCGCUUUCUGCAGGCUCAGGCCGAAAAGGUGCUGGGCGAGGCAAAACGCAACAACGACCUGCACCACGUGACGUGCAACUGCAAGAAGAUCCCCGGCAACAUGUACUACAUGUACGAACGUCCCAACGGCCAACGCUACAUGUCUAUGAUUUCGCCUCAGGAAUGGGGCAGUGCAUGCCCGCACGAGUAUCGGGGCGCCUACCGUCUCGAGAACGACCUCUCCUGGACCCCGGAGGAGGACCUGAGCAGCCGCGCCACGGACGACGCCCUCAUAGAGCAGAUCCUGCACAAUAAGCGCGUGCUGGCCAUCGCUCAGCCGUCCGAUGGCGGUGUCUCGUAGAGGUUUUACUGGCUGCCUGGAGCGAGGGAAAGGUGCACUCGGCUGCAGCUGGGACGGCCGGAUCGCUCGUGACGUGCAAUCGUGUGACGAUGGGGUGUCUCAUGCGAUAGACUCAGGGGUAGGUGGUGAUGAGUGAUGGUCACAGUGGUUUGGGCGGACUUCUUACACGAGCCCACUUUGGUGGCUCCGUAUUGCGUGGCGUUUCGUAGCUGUUGAGACGCGAGAUGUGUGAUACGGAUGGUUAGAUGAGAAUAUGAAUCGUUUUUUAAUUACGCUCAUAUUCUGGUUGCGGAAUGGCGAACUGAUCACGAGUAACUUUCAGGAUCCAACCUCAUUGUUUCGCCCAAAAAGCAUGAUGCGUCGGUCUGUGAACGUCGCGAGAUGGGUGGGCAUGUUGUACAUUUCGUUCUGUUUUAUCAGUUUUGCUACACUCGUGUUUACUUUGACGCCUCGACACGCUGAGACUGGACCGUGUCGAUAUCACUGGAUUGUCGUUUGAGAGCUCGACAUGUCGCCGUGUUUAUAAUGGACGGACGGGCUGGGGCGCGUCGGUGCGGCGUGUGUGUGCCUUGUUUUUCUAACACUGGAUACGGUGCACAUGUCCUCUGGUCGGAGUGCGACGUAUUUCUGCCACUGCCUGUAUGAAUUGUAGUAUGGGUAUUUUAAUGGUCAAUGUUUGACCGGUGAUCAGUGUUACGGGGAAUUACGAGUGAGCGACUCACGUACCGAAGUUCAGUAUUGGUUUUCCAUAAUCCUCAUUUUUGCUGCUUUUAAUAAGAUCGUUGCUACUUUGUACCAUGAACUCUCAUCCCGUAACUGGCAGGCUUUUUUGUGGUACAUUUAUGAACGUUUUUUUUAACAACUCGUCCGUUUCCCGUCAUAGCUCAUUUGUUUGGACUCAAAUCUUUGACAUACUUGUUCUGUUAAUACAAUAUUUCGGUAUGCAACUUC